CGCUGGGCGGUGCGAGGCGACGGGCGCAGCCCGGCAGCGGCAGCCCCCGCCUGACACUGGGGCACGGCCGUGCGGGCCGAGGGGAGGGGGCGGCGGACCCGGCCCGGCCGCUCCGCACCUCCGCCGAGUUUGGCCGGCGCAGAAGGGCAGCCAAAAGUUCAGCAUGCAGGAAGUUUGGAGGCAGCUCGGAGAGUAGAGCGUCGGCGGCGACUGCUGCUUCCCGUGCCGUGGGGUUUUGCUUUUUUUGCGGGGUUUGUCCCAUUCCCCCUACCCACCCUGCCCCACUCCCUCUCCGCCCCGCAUACAACUCUCCCAAACACACAAGCAACCCGCAACAAACAAAAAGUCCGGGAAGAGGUAAAGAACACGAACGAGGGAAGAACCCUCGGCGGGAGACCCGUUUCUUCGCAGAGACACGGUCCCGCUCGCAGCUGGUCCCAAUGCAACUGCUCAUCCUCCUUCUGCUCUACGCCGUCGUCUGUGCGAACUUCUGCAGCCGUCAGGGCACCACCGCCCCUGCCCAGAGCGGAUCUAUAAAAGCCCUGCGGGCCUCCAACAUCAGGCGAGAUGAGAGCAAUCACCUCACAGACUUGUACCGAAAAGAAGAGACCAUCAGCGUGGCAGGGAAUGGCUGCAUCCACAGUCCUCGCUUCCCCAGCAGCUACCCCAGGAACCUCCUGCUGACUUGGCGGCUCCACUCCCCAGAGACCACUAGGAUCCAGCUGGCUUUUGAUAAUCAGUUUGGACUGGAGGAACCUGAAAAUGAUAUCUGCAGGUAUGACUUUGUGGAAGUGGAAGAUGUAUCAGAGACCAGCACAGUUAUACGAGGACGGUGGUGCGGACACAAGGAAAUACCUCCAAGAAUAACAUCAAGAACAAAUCACAUAAAGAUAACCUUCAAAUCUGAUGACUACUUUGUGGCUAAACCUGGAUUCAAGAUAUGUUACUCCCUUGUGUGUAGCUCGAAAGAGACAGAUUUUGCAAACACUCAGGAAAUGGAUGAUUUCCAGCAUGCAGCCUCAGAAACCAAUUGGGAGUCAGUCACAAGCUCUGUCUCAGGGGUAUCCUAUCCCUCUCCAUCAGUGACUGACUCUACGCUCACGGCAGAAGCACUGGAUCAAACCAUUGCUGCAUUUGACACGGUGGAGGAUCUGCUCAAACACUUUAACCCAGACUCCUGGCAAGAAGAUCUUGAGAAUCUGUACACAGACAGUGGCCACCAUUAUCGAGGCAGAAGCUACCAUGACAGAAAGUCCAAAGUUGACCUGGACAGACUGAAUGAUGAUGUGAAACGUUACAGCUGCACCCCGAGAAACUACUCUGUCAAUUUAAGGGAGGAACUGAAGCUGACAAAUGUAGUUUUCUUCCCCCGCUGCCUCCUUGUCCAGCGCUGUGGAGGAAACUGUGGCUGUGGGACUCCGAACUGGAAAUCUUGCAUGUGCAUGUCAGGGAAAACAGUGAAAAAAUAUCAUGAGGUGCUGAAAUUCAUCCCUGAGGCUGGGCAUACCAGAAGAAAAGGCAGAAUCAGGAACAACAUGGCCUUAGUUGAUAUACAGCUGGAUCACCAUGACCGUUGUGAUUGUAUCUGCAGUUCAAGACCACCCCGAUAAAAACAAAAAAAAAAUUUAAAAAAAGUGAGAGGAAGAAAGAAACGAAAAGAAACCAAGACACACUAAUUACAUCUUACUGGAAUGUUUACUUUUAAGCAGGAUUGCUCUGAGGACCUUUACUCACUAUCAUUUGAAAUUUGCUACUAGCCUGCCUUUGCAAUUAGCAAACAUGAUCUCUGUGUUUCAGCAUAGCUAUGCUGAUUAGUGCCAUGGCAACUAAACAGGUAUAUCAUAGAUUUAUGUAUCAGCAUCCAAGAAUAUAAUAUUAUGGUUAUCUGCAGAUAGAGUCUGAGGGUUGAGAUUUUAAAAGCUAAAUUGCAGUCCUUACGCACACAAUGCCCACUGAAAUUAAACACCAGGUGCAUAGGUAUUUGUGGUAGCUGGCCAUGAAAUAGCUUUGUGUUUGUUUCUCACUCACCAGUUCCUACACUCAAAUUCUGCUGUCAUUUCUACCUCCUCAGCUCUCCUGAUAGUCAGUAGGGGUUUGUGGGUAUAAAUGAAGAGAGAAUUUGAGCCUGUAUAAGUGCAAAAUUAUUUGCCCCACUCUCAGAGGGAACUUCCCAGCAUUCUGGCCCAACAGAGUGAGACAGAAUGCAGAAAAUCCAUCACUACAGGAAAUAACACACCAGUAAAGUCAAAUCUCACUGUUUGUACUCGAGCAAAUCAUGUGCUGAAAUUAGUAGAUGCUUUGCAUAAGCCAGGACACUGAUCAUGGGAGAGGGGUGCAGAGGCUGAUACUUUUCCCUUGGUUACUCCAUGGGAGCCAUUGCCCAGGUGCUUCUGCAAGAGGGGGCUCCCACCCAGUCCCCAGAUGAAUCCCUCUAGGCUGGGACUGAUUCUGGUCACUACUUACCUAGUCUGGACUCCUGCCCCUUGCCCAGUUUGGCCCACAGUUGCCCAGGAGGAGUCCCCUCUAAACAAAAAGGGAGAGACAGCCCCUCCCCUUGUAUCCUCUUCACAGCAGCUCAAGGAGUGCCAUAUUUUCCCAUGAAGGAGGCGAAGAUAGGGCACUUGUUUGUUGAAAAUAUUGAUUUGUUUUGCAGUUGUGUUACUGGGAAACAAAACUGUGUUUGAGAUUUAAUUAUCAUUAUUUGGUUUGGGGUUUGUUUGUUUGUUUGUUUGAAAUAUGGAUUAUUAUAACUUUGUCAUAAAUGCAUUAAUCUUAGUUAUCUGAGGUUAGUUGUCUCAUUCCAGCUCUGUGUAUUGCCAUGGUUAAACUGUUGACAGUGAAUUUCUUUUUGACUGCAUUCUUCUGAAGCACAUUAACUCAUUAAGCAACGUCUGUCUGUCAUGGAAAAUGUGCAUAAUUUGUUAAUUUCCAGAAGAGUACUAUUAAACAGCACCUCAUAAUAAAAUUAGCACUUUAAAAGCUGCAGCAUAACUUCCUAUGGUUUUUAAAAUAUUAUGAAAGUGCUCUAACUGAAAAAGGAAAAAAAAAAUCCUUCUAAACUAGCUUUAAGGAUUUUUAAAUGCUGCUCCAAAAGUGCAAAAACACAGGCAGAUUUAGGUCUGGUGAAGAAUUGGAGUUUUGAUCACGAAUGUAAUGGAGUGAAUAGGGUGGCACGUUUAAUGGCUGAGGGUUUAUAUUUAAUAGUAGACAUAGGCUGCAUCAAAUCAUCCAUGUUGUCUCAUCUUUCUGUCUCACUGAAAGAGUGAAGUAGUUUGACAGUAGUGAGUUAUAAUUAGUGGAAACUGGCAUGUGCUAUAAAAUAAUAUAAUAUAAGGCUUUCAAACCAGUAUGUUUUAACACUCAACAGAUUCGUUACAAAAGCGCUCUAAUGUUCUGACUUGCCCUCUUCAUCAGCUCAAGUAUUUUUUAAGUGAUUUUUUAUAAUUUUAGCAAAACUUUGCUGAAAGAUCCCUUAGAAGUGUUGUGUUACUUUCUUUCUUGUACUUUAGCCUUUGAGAUUCAGAAAGUUUGGGGGUUUGUUAUUUAUAUUAAUUUUUCCUCUCUGGCUCCCAGAUGUCUAUUUAAAAAUGGUCCUGAAUGCUUACUUGGGAAGUGAUUCAUCAUUUUUCAAAGCAAUUCACAUUAAAAGAAAAGUCCUGUAACCAAAGAUUACCAGCUUUAUUUUGUAGUUCAGGGCUAUUUAAAGAACAUCUAAUUCUUUUUCUGUCUCUGGCUUAAUAACAAGAUUGACCUGGCCCUUCCAUAAUUUUUAGCUAAGUUUGGAAGAAAUUUGCAUGCGAGACCUUGGCAGUACGGAUUGUUUUUGAGAUAGUUGCACUCCAAUGUAUAUCUCUGACUGAAUUAUGCCUUACUUCCUAGUUAGCAUUGGUUGUAGGAAACAUCAGUUUCACGAGGCUUUGUGCUCUGAGUGGUCCUUAAUUCACACCCCCCAAGGGAAAGCUGUGCAGCAGCACCCACUGCGCCAGGCGUGUCCCACACACCACUGCCUGCUCGCCCAGUCCCACCCCAACAGCCACGUGUUGCGAGGGGUGUUUAUGCCUCCUAAUCUGGGGGAUCCAGCCACGUCUGGGAGCCUGAGUUACCCCUACAGGCAUUUGGGAGAAGCUCUCCCAUAGUGUGCCUUAGCCCCAAGGUUGAAAUAGCCCAGUGUGGAGCUUUUCUUUCUCUUUUGGUUGUAUAGAAAGGUUAGAAAUCUGAUUUGGACGUAAGUGAUACACAGAGGUAGAUACUAUGAAAAUUCCUUUUAAAAGGAAUUUCUUUUUAAAGACUGAACAGCUGAUAGUUCAGCUAAGUGAAUUAGAUAAAGGCAUCAGUAGAUGCCAGAGUCCAGCAGAAAAAUUCAGAUAAAGGUAAAAAAAUCCUCCUACUUAAUGAUGGGUUUACUUUCUCAGAUAUAGGCUAAGCUUGUCGCAAAAUUUAAAGUAUUACUCCUGGGACACUUAGUAAUGAAUGGAACCAUUCACUGCUUCAAGCUGCCAUACAGACAGUGUGCUCCCAACCACUGCAGGAGGGUCAAGGAUGGGCUUUGUUUUGCAGCGUAGGUUUGAUAACAUACAUGUGAACUAAGAAAAAAUCCACAGAACCUAGCCCUGAGCUUCAGUGACCCUGGUGAAACCAGAUACCAGCAAUUUUUUUCUUUUUAUUUAUUAGCAGAAAUUGCAGAGGUGCUUCUCCAUACUUUUUCCCCUUCUUUUGUCCAUGUAAUAAUUAUGUUGUUUACAUCCUAUUUUAACCUAAAGAGCAAAGCUGUUAAGAAACCUAAUCUGGUUCAGUUUUGUUGGUGGAAUUGGAACUCUCCAAAAUAAAUAUAUUUUCAAAGGCAAUUCAGAAAGAAUCCUAAUUUCAAACCACUUGUUAGCUUUUUAUUUACUAUAUUCUUCUGGGAAGGAUCCUACUUUCUCAAGUGCAAUCUAUGUAUUUUUUUUUUUGUUAUCUCAGUUAAAUGCAGCUUUCCUAGCAGUACUUUUUACUUUAUGCAGUAUGUAAUGUGUCUUAUCUUGAUGAAAAAAAUAAAUACUGCUUUUGAA